AUCAGUUCAUCAAUCAUCAUGAGUCUGAAUUGCCUGACGUGCCAGAGAACGAACUCGCUGAGGGGCGGAAUCGAAGCCGCCAUUACUGUGGGCAGACAGAAGGCCAAGGCUGGCCGGACUUUGAGGCGGAAUCACGCCGCCGUCGAGAGGAGCUGGUCGGGGAACUUGGUUCCCAGGCUGACCGCCGGCAACAACAAUGGCUCCGGCGCCGGCGCCGCCUCGAAUCCGGGGCUGCAGAAGGUGGAGCGCGGCGGCGUGUCACGGCGCAGGCACCGGCACAGCGGCCCCGUGGAGUACGAGCCGCCUCGGCUGGUCAGGAGCAGUGGGAUGAGGAGGGAUUGGAGCUUUGAGGAUCUAAGAUAGAAAGUAGAAUACCUUUUAUGCUUGAAGAUCAGAGGAAUUUUCCC